CCGGGUCAGCGGUCUAAAACCGGAUAUCCGGUUAACACGCGUGUGGAAACAAACCAAAGCUUCUUCACCAAAACACACCGACACGUUGAGCCACGAACAGCCGGGAGAGGCGAUCAAAGUUGGGCCUGAAGCUGCGGAGAGAGACGGAGAGUUCGCGCCGCCAUGGCUCCGCCCCGCUCUAAGAAGCGGCGCCCGACGUUCCGCCGCCUGCUGAAGACGAGCGGCGUGAAGCUGGAGAACAAACUGAAGAACCGCCGCAACAAGCAGGACAACGUCGCCAAGAAGCAGCGCAAGGAGCACAAGAAGCUGCGGGCCGCCGUGAAGGAUUCAGCCAUCAGGAAGCCCCGCCCACUGGAGACGUACCGGAAGAGGCCCGAGGAAGAGGAGGAUGAGGAGUUCCUGGAGAGUCUGCCCACUGACAUGAUGGAGGAUGACGACGUGCAGCAGAUGACGGCCAUGGCUCGCCACGCCUCCUUCGUCACCCGGGACCUGUCGUCAUGCGGCCCGGUGCACGGCGGGAAGAAGAGGAGCGGCGAGGUGAUGCGAGGGCACGAGAAGGUUCCCAGGAAGCUGAAGAGGACGGAGGAGAAGGAGGUGAUCCACCUCCUGCCCAUCAAAGACCAGAGGGGGGUGGUCCUUCGCAGCGUGGAGAGAGUCGUCCAAAAGCAGCCAGAGGAAGAGGAGGAGGAGGAAGAUGGGGCUGAAGAGCAGGAGGUUGAAAUGGAGCCCCUGGAGGAGGAGGCGCUGACCUCAGAGCAGCGAGAGCAGCUCCGGGUUCACAAGAUCAACGAGAGGAGGCUGUGCAUCGCCCGCCUGGGGUCUGCCGUGGUGUCAGACCCCUACAACAACAUCAAACGGGUGAAGGAGAUGCGCGGCAUGCUGAUGGAGUCCGACCCCUCGGUGGCCGUGACGGUCAGAAAGCUGGUGAUGGUUUCUCUGAUGGAGAUCUUUAAAGACGUGGCCCCCACCUACAGGAUACGACCUCUGACCCCCGAGGAGAAGGCCUCCAAGGUGAAGAAGGACACUCAGCUGAUCAGAGACUUUGAGGAAGGUUUGGUAAGUCAGUACAAGUUCUACCUGGAGGACCUGGAGCAGACCAUCAAAGACUGGAAGCAGCAGAAGAAGAAGCGCAGCCAGGCAGUGGGCUUCCAGUCCUACCUGGGCUUGGCUCAGGUCGCCAUCCGUUGCCUCUGUGAGCUGCUGCUCGCCCUCCCCCACUUCAACUUCCACAACAACAUCAUCGUGGUCCUCGUCCCCCUCAUGAACGACGCCGAGCCGCGGGUGUCAGGUAUGUGCUGCGAUGCCUUCAGGAAGCUCUUCCAGCAGGACAAAGAGGGCGGGGCUUCUUUGGCCACGGUGCGUGUCAUCUCCGGCCUCGUCAAGAGCCUCAACUUCAACGUCAGGCCUGAGGUGCUGAAGACUCUGCUCUGUCUGCGGAUAAAGGAGGUGCAGAUGAAGAAGGACAUUGAGGACACGGCACCAAAGAAGAGGUUCAUGAACAACAAGGAGAAGAGGAAGAACCUGUCCAGGAUGCAGAGGAAGUGGAAGAAGGCUGAGGAGAAGCUGGAGAAGGAGCUGCUGGAGGCCGAGGCGUCUGAGAGCAAAGAGAAGAAGAUCAAGCUGCACACGGAGACCCUCAACAUCGUCUUCCUCAUUUACUUCAGGAUCCUAAAGAAAGCCCAGAAGUCAGUUCUUCUUCCUGCUGUACUGGAGGGGCUGGCUAACUUUGCUCACCUCAUCAACCUGGAGUUCUUUGACGAUCUGCUCAAUGUGCUGCAGCACCUCAUCCAAUCAGGAGAUCUGACCAAUCGCGAGAGUCUCCACUGCAUCCAGACGGUGUUCACCAUCCUGUCAGGACAAGGUGACGUCCUGAACAUCGACCCGCUCACCUUCUACUCUCAGCUGUACAGGAUGCUGCUGAGGCUCCACGCAGGGGGGCCCAAUGAUGACAUCAUCAUCGUGCUGCGCUGCCUGGACGCCAUGCUGACCCGCCGCAGGAAGCAGGUGAGCCUGCCGAGGGCGAUGGCGUUCGUCAAGCGCCUGAGCGUGCUCAGUCUGCACGUGUUGCCCAACGCCAGCGUGGGCCUCCUCGCCGCCGGCAGAGCCGCCGUCCACGCCUUCCCCAAGUGUGACUUCCUGUUGGACAACGAGGUUCAGGGCAGCGGCUUCUACCUGCCGGAGCUGGACGAGCCCGAGCACUGCAACGCGCAGAACACGGCGCUGUGGGAGCUGCACGCUCUGCAGAGACACUACCACCCGGUGGUGCGGCGCCUGGCGCUCCAUCUGAGUCACGGGGCUCCCAGUGACGGCUCGGCCUCGCUCGGCGUGGACCUGAGCCGCAGGACUCCGGUGGAACUGUUUAACGUCUACAGCGUCAGAGACAUGACCUUUAACCCCCCCAUUGCUCCACCCGCCAGCAAGAAAAAGGACCGCUUUGGGUUCGGAGCGGAGCUGCUGGACGCCGACCUGCAGAGACGGGCCCAGAGCGUCCUGGCGGUUACCGUGGAGACGGAGCUGGACUUCACAGCUGGUCGCGUGUGAUGCUUCUUAAUGUUUGUACCUUGUGGAUUGUGUUGAGUUUUAUUACAUGUGAAUAAAAUGGAAAAGUGA